GGACUGAUUGGAAUGACAGAGGCAAGCCCCGAGGCACUCAUGGAUGUGGGUGAUAUUGUUCGCUACCAUGGGUACCCCUACGAGGAACACGAAGUCAUGACGGAUGAUGGCUAUUACCUUAUCAUGCAGAGAAUUCCUCAUGGCAAAGACGACUUGGCAAGUGCAGCUACUUCGCAUGAGGCAGAGUCACAAGGCUCCAGCAUGUUCUGCACCACUCCAAAGCCUGCAGUGCUCCUGCAGCACGGCCUGGUGUUGGAGGGAAGCAACUGGGUUACUAACUUGCCCAACAGCAGCCUUGGCUUCAUCCUCGCGGACGCGGGCUAUGAUGUCUGGAUAGGAAACAGCAGAGGGAACAGCUGGUCAAGAAAGCACAAGGAGUUUGCUUUUUACCAGGAGGAAUAUUCUGCCUACAGUUUUCAUGAAAUGGCUAUGUAUGACCUUCCAGCAACAAUCAACUACAUUCUGCAGAAAACGGGACAGGAGCAAUUAUACUAUGUGGCUUACUCUCAAGGCACCACCACAGGUUUCAUUGCAUUUUCCUCCAUUCCCGAGCUGGAUCGCAAAAUCAAGAUGUUCUUUGCAUUGGCUCCCAUUACAACAAACUCAAACAUGAAGUCGCCCUUAGUGAAAGUGUUUGAUCUUCCUGAGGCAUUGAUUAAGCUCAUUUUAGGACGCACAGUGGUCUUCGAUAAUGGUGAGAUACUGCAGCAGGUGACUUCUCGACUGUGUGGCUAUUCAAUCUUUAAGAGCUUUUGCUCCUUGGUCCUUUACUUGCCUGGUGGGUUUACCAACAACUUAAACGUGAGCCGCAUAGACGUCUAUCUGUCCCGCUACCCGGAUUCGACAUCCUUGAAAAACAUGCURCAUUGGCGCCAGCUCUAUCUAACAGGGGAAUUCAAAUAUUACGAUUACGGCAAGGACAACAUGCUCCAUUAUAACCAGACAUCUCCUCCCUUUUAUGAGCUGGAAAACAUGAAAGCACCUCUUGCUGCAUGGUAUGGUGGCAAGGACUGGAUUUCAGCCCCCGAAGACGUUAAUAUAACAUUGCCACGCAUAACCAAUGUGGCAUACAAAAAGUAUAUUCCUGAAUUUGUCCACUUUGAUUUCCUCUGGGGUGCRAAAGCAUAUGAAGAAGUAUAUGGAGAAAUUCUUCAACUGAUGGAGAAGAACCUCUAG